GGUCGUGGGCACUAGACUCUAUACAGAUUUGAUUUCGUUUGUGAUUUUGGUUUCUGGGACUUACGUGCAGGUGUUCACGUAUAUUUUCACUUUAUAAAGAUUCAGUACAGCUAACAAUAAGAACAAAACUGAAGAGGACUUGGGGGACUCUGUUCACUGCUGAUCGUUGUAUUUAUAUGUCGUAAAUAUGGCACUGUCUUGUGCAAUUUCCAACGAGGUCCCAGAGCACCCGGUAAUCUCUCCGGUUUCCGGUUCUAUUUUCGAAAAACGGCUUAUCGAAAAGUAUGUUGCAGAAAAUGGAGUGGAUCCUAUAAAUGGAAAAGAUCUUGCAGUUGAGCAGCUGAUUGAUGUAAAGGCUACGCCUCUUGUAAAGCCAAAACCACCGAGCGCAACAUCUAUUCCUGCAAUUCUAAAGAUUCUACAAGAUGAGUGGGAUGCAGUAAUGUUACAUUCGUUUACUCAGAGACAACAGCUUCAGACAGCCAGACAGGAGUUGUCUCAUGCUUUAUACCAGCACGAUGCAGCCUGCCGAGUUAUUGCUAGAUUGACCAAGGAAGUUACCGCAGCCAGAGAAGCACUGGCCACUCUUAAGCCACAAGCAGGCAUUACUCAAGCAACUGUUAUUCCACAACCGUCUGUUGCAGUGGAAGCUGGUGGUGCGGCAGCUCAACCAACUGAACAAGCUGGCAUCACUGAGGAUGUUAUUCAAAAAUUACAAGAACGAGCUACUGUUUUAACUCAAGAACGAAAAAGACGUGGACGUUCUAUACCGGAAGAUCUCUUACCACAAGAAAGCAUUAGGGCAUUCCAGACACUUGCUUCACACCCGGGAUUGCAUUCCGCAAGUGUACCAGGAAUUCUGGCACUUGAUAUACAUGGGGCAGAUACCAGCAAAAUUCUAACUGGAGGCGCAGACAAAAAUGCAACAGUUUUUAAUAAGGACACUGAACAAGUAGUUGCUAUUCUUAAAGGACACACCAAAAAGGUCACACGAGUUAUUUAUCAUCCGGAAGAAGAUGUGGUUAUGACAGCAUCACCUGAUACGACAAUUCGUGUUUGGAAUGUGGGAACAAGCCAAACGACACUUUUAUUGAGGGCUCAUGAUGCACCUGUAACUGGCCUCUCACUUCACCCUACAGGAGAUUAUUUGUUGAGCUCAUCUCUGGACCAGCACUGGGCUUUUUCGGACAUACGUACUGGCAGACUACUGACAAAGGUAGCUGGGCAAUCUGGACAGCCUUUGACAACAGCCCAAUUCCAUCCAGAUGGGCUUAUCUUUGGUACAGGAACAGCUGAUUCUCAAGUCAAGAUUUGGGAUUUGAAAGAGCAGUCAAACGUGGCUAAUUUCCCCGGUCAUUCAGGUCCAAUUACCGCUAUUAGCUUCUCAGAAAACGGAUAUUACUUAGCAACAGCCGCAGAAGACUCUUGUGUCAAACUAUGGGAUUUGCGAAAGCUUAAAAAUUUCAAGACACUUCAAUUAGAUGACUCUUAUGAAGUGAAAGAUAUUUGUUUUGAUCAAAGUGGUACAUACCUUGCUGUGGCUGGAUCCGACAUCAGAAUUUAUUUGUGUAAGCAAUGGCAAGAAUUAAAGGUACUCAACGAUCAUACGGCAACAGCUACAGGCGUUCGAUUUGGGAAGCAUGCACAGUAUAUCGCUUCUACCAGUAUGGAUCGAACAUUAAAGCUCUAUGGAUUACCUUAAGCCUCAACAAGUACCUAUUUAAUAAUGUGAAAAUAAAUUAUAUAAUUUCAAUUCAAAAAGGCAAAGUUGGUAACUAUUUCUUUAGAUGAUAUUAAUUUUUACUGAUAUGAUAAGUGUUCUUAUAUUUUUUGACCUAUUCAAUUGUCCAUAUUUCACCACGUAUAUUGUUGGUAUUUACUGUCCGUAUUACUGAUGAAACAAGGGAAGGCAAUGCGUAGUUAUGAGCCUGAUCACUUGAAGCAGGUUCAAAAUUAUAUGUAAGUUGCCUUUUGUAUAACAUAUUUGUCUCUAGCCAUCUUUAUGUCAAAUUACACUUAAAGUACUGCAAGGUGAUAAGUUUUGUCUUCCCCAUCCAUCUAAGAUUGAAGUUCAUAAUUUUUUCAUAUUUUACUGAAUUAUUUAUAUCCAUCCAUUUGAACGAGUAAACACACUGUAACUCCAAACCCCGUUAAAAUAUCAACGAUAGAUGCUAAUGUUUUGAUUAAGGAGUCAAACUUUCAUUCAUGAUUAUUCAUUUUCAUUCAUAUGUUUUAAAUGGCUGGGCCUUUUCAAAAUGAUUCAUCAAAAAGUGUUUAUUGUUUAAAAAUCGCGUGAAUUUAAACUAACAAUCUUCAUUUAGCUCCAACAGCCAGAAUUAUUUGGACAAAGUUCUGCAGUUGAAAUCAAAACUCACGUUCGAAAUAAAGAGGUACUCCAACUUUAAUUUUAAUUGAAUUUUGAUGCCUGGGUUGUGAAUUUUUCUCAAUUAGUAUUUUUACAAAAGUUUAGCACUGGAAGUUGAGAUUCAUAUCAAAAUAUCCAUCAAACCUUGGGCCAGAAAAUUACUACGAAAUUUGAAUAAAACUCUUGUACAAUUAUUUUGAUACAUCAACGAUAUAAAUGUCUCGAAUGAAAAAGGUCUUAAAGUAUAAAGAAAAGCUUUCAAAUCUUUUACAUUUAAUAGUAUGUAAUUGGUAUUCUGAAUCUGCAUUUUCAUGAUGUGAUCGAUGUGGUCACUGACUUUUGUUCCAUACUUAUUAUGAUUUUGCCGACUCGCAACAUUUUAUAACAUCAAUAAUUAAUUUAUAAUUCAUCUGUUCAUGCAAAUUCAUCGAGAGGAUAUCGAAAUAAAAUUUAUGUUGACUCCUGAAAUUCUGAUCAAAGGAAAUAUGCAUCACCAAUUGUGGAUCAUGUAGCCUAUGUUUCAAAUAGUUGUAAUAAAUAUUUUAUACAGCAACUCAA